GCCACUUUCACCAGAGUCGUUGACGAUUGAGCAACACUACUAGUACAACAUAAUUCAUUGCUGCCAUCGAUCGAUCCUAGAACUACAGCUAUACUACCGGUAGUAUGCUCAAUCCACUCACUCGGUGCGUGCAAGAGUACGCGUUGCCGCCGUUUGCUCAGCUCCGACCAGACGACUACGCCCCUGCCCUGCGCACUGCCAUGGAAGAACUCGCCACAGAUCUGGAAGCCAUAGAGGAGGACCUGGCGGACCCAGGCGCCGAUAUCUCAUGGGAAUCGUUGAUGGAUCGACUGGAGAUCAUCGACGAUCCAUUAGAUCGUCUGUGGGGAGUGGUCACCCACAUGUCCAUGGUAGCCAACGUGCCCGAGCUUCGAACGGUCCAGGCCGAGCUAGAGCCCGAAGUGCUGGCCGUUCAAGGCAAACGCGCCCAAAGCGUUGUGAUUUACAAAGCGAUGGUGGCCCUUCGGGACAGUUCCGACUGGAACUUGUUGACACCCGAACAACAGCGCAUUUUACACCGAUCAAUUCAAACUGCCACGCUCACUGGGGUGCAUCUCGUCGGCACCAACAAAGCACGAUUCAAUGCCAUCCACAAGCGUCUGUUGGAACUGAAAACCGCCACCAUGAACAACGUAUUUGACGCAUCCAAGGCAUAUUCGCACUGGAUCUAUGACAAACAGCAACUCGACGGCGUUCCCCACUCGACGCUGUCACACAUGGCUCUAAACGCCGCGCAGAGUGGCCACAGGGAUGCCACCGCUGAGAAGGGACCGUGGAAGGUGUCGCUCGAGGCGUCCGUGUACCAGUCGAUAUUGAAACAUUGCUCGAAUCGACACCUUCGACAAUACCUGUACCUAGCCAACAACACCAAAGCCAGCGUCCAUCCGUUCGAUAACCAGCCGCAUGUGGUGGAGAUGCUGCGUUUGCGACAGGAACAAGCCCAUCUACUUGGGUUUCCCACCUAUGCCGACUUGUGUGUAGCCGACAAAAUGGCGCCUUCCGUCGACGCUGUGACUGCUCUAUUGGAGGAAUUGCGAGUUCAGUGCUUUCCUAUCGCCCAAGCCGAGCGCCGGCAGCUGGAAACAUAUGCAGCUGCCCACAACCACCCGUUGCCGUUGGAGCCAUGGGACAUUUCGUAUUGGAUGGAGGCGCUAUGUAAAGAAACUUUCGACAUCAACGAUGAACUAGUCAAACCAUACUUUCCACUGCAACGAGUAUUGGACGGAUUGUUUGCCUUGGCGGCGCAGCUGUUUGAGAUUCGCAUCGAGGCAGCGGAUGGCUUGGAAGAAACGUGGCAUUCUGACGUUCGUUUCUUUCAAAUUCGAGCGAUGGACCAGCCUGACGAGCCUGUGAUGGCCCAAUUCUACUUGGAUUUGUUUGCGAGACCCGGUGACAAGGUGCACGUGGGGAUGCUGAACGUUGUCGCAAGCCGUAGCAGCGUAUUUUCGACCGAAAAGACCCCCGUGCGACUGCCAGUGUUGGCAUUGCUGCUGAACCAAUCUACCCCGACGGACGACCACCCGACUUUAAUGACAUUUACCGACGUCCACGCCCUGUUUCACAGUUUUGGCAUGGUGCUGCGGUUUGCUUUGACAGAUGCCAAGUACACGAUGACGUCGGGCGCAUUCAGCGUCGAAAGGGAUGCCGUGGACGUACCUGCGACGAUGUUUUCCUACUUUUGCACCCGCCGCGAGACGAUGGCGUUAAUAUCAGGGCACUACGUCACUGGCGAGCCGUUGCCAGACAAGUUAUUCGAGAGUAUGAUCGCCGCCAAGCAAUUCAUGGCUGCGACGACGUUGCUACAGCAAGUGCACUUUGCAGCCCUCGACUUGGCAUUGCAUCAACAAUCUGUGACACCGUCGUCGUCGUCCCUCUCGACUGUGCGCACUGCCGUCGCCAACAAGUUUGCAGUGUCGCAACUUUUAGCCAAUGAUCAAUAUGUGACCCAGUACAUUCACAUUUUCGACUUGCAUUAUGCAAGUGCCGUGUACGGGUACAAGUGGGCCGAAGUCCAAGCUUUGGAUGCAUAUACUUGCUUUACGGAAACCCAAGGCGACCAAACAGCGUGGAAUGCUACGGGAAGGCGGUUCCGACGGACGUUUCUCGCGAUGACUGGAGUGUGCCACCCGUCGCAAGUGUUCGAGUCGUUCUGUGGACGACAGCACAACACCGAUGCGAUGCUUCGACAUUAUGGCCUGAAGAUGUGCCCUUGAGUGCAGUAUACUAGUACUACGUAGUACUAUGAUGUACUCUUAAUCGUAUGUUGUACCACGUCGCA